AUGCGUCCCACAACUUGGACUCCACGUCUACUUCCACUCGUUCAGCUCGACAAGAUGAUCACAUUCGUUUCACUCUCCCUCGCUCUUGCCGCGAGCACAGUCAUGGCCUCCCCUCUCCCCCAGGUGGAUUCAAGUGCACUUGAAUCCUCUACCGAGUCCCCGACGGUCGUCAUAGACCCCAUGCCGACCGCUCCUGUUUGCGAGGAGUUCUACACCUCUGUCGACGGUGAUACCUGCGCAUCCAUUGGUGCCAAAUAUGGCCUUACCGCGAAUCAGAUUCAUGAAGCAAACACAUUCCUCAAUUGCGACGAUAUCUGGACUUGGACACCAAUUUGUAUCCCAGGGGGGGGAGUCACUCCCACAAGUACGAGUCCUCCUCCAUCUGGAACAUGCGCUUCCACAUACACCUCCGUGUCGGGAGAUACGUGCGCUACUAUUGGGGCCAAGUACGGCCUCACCGCAGGUCAAAUCCAUGAGGCUAAUUCAUUCCUCAACUGUGAUGAUAUCUGGGUCUGGACUCCCGUCUGCAUUCCUCAAACCUCUACUCCCCCGCAGCCGACGUGCGCUACGACUUACACAUCCCAGGCCGGCGAUACCUGUGAAACGAUCGAGGCCAUGUUUGGGCUUCCAGCAGGAUCCGUCAAAGCUGCCAACGAUUUCGUCACAUGCAAUGACAUCUGGCAGUACACGCCCAUCUGUAUCCCUCCAGUUGCCACAUUCACAGCCACGCUUACGCUCAGUAUUCCUGCACCAACAGAGACAGCGACGGAAACCGAAACGUUGACACCAACAUCUGUCUCAACCUAUGAUGCUGACCCAACGAUCAUUUGA